AUGUCGGCGGCGACGAGUAAGAGACAACAGGCGCGCAAUGAGCGCGCUUUGCAGGAUUUGAUAAAGGGUGUCCCGGGCAAUGAUGUCUGCGCCGAUUGCCAGGCCAGGAAUCCAGGUGAGCGAAGUGUAAAUAAUGGCUGGGUUACAGUUGUGCUAAUGGGUUCAACAGGAUGGGCUAGUUGGAGUUUAGGUAUAUUUCUUUGCAUGCGGUGCGCCGCUUUGCAUCGAAAGCUGGGGACGCACAUCACCAAAGUCAAGUCUCUGAGCAUGGACUCUUGGUCCACGGAGCAAGUCGAGGUCAUGAGACGGAUUGGCAAUGUCGCAUCGAACCGAUUAUACAACCCUUCGAACACGAGACCGCCCAUUCCUUUUGAUGCCGACGAAGCCGAUUCUGCGAUGGAAAGAUUUAUCAGACAGAAAUAUCAGGAUAAAACCUCCAAGCCGACGACUCGACAGAAUACGGGAAGCACCGGUGGAUCAGAUGAACCUCCACCAUUGCCCCCGAAGACUGGAAGUAGAUUCGGGUUCCGGUCUGCUUCUUCGAUAUUUCCAUUGUCUUCCAAAGCGAAACGUCAAGCUGCGGCUGCUCAAUCCGAGCUCGACCAGCACAGGCGAUCACCCUCUCCACCGCCACGGAAUAAGCCAUCUCGAGUUUUUGGGACGACAGUAUCACACGAGGCCGAAGGAGAUUUGGAGAGGAAGCUGGAAAAGUUGCGGGAUAUGGGUUUCAGGGACGAGAAGAGGAAUGCGGCCGUUCUAAAGGGUCUAGGAGGGAAUCUUGAGAAAUCAAUUGAGACUCUCGUACGACUUGGAGAGGGACAAGCGCCUGUUCCGGUACCGAAGACUGGAAGUGAGAAUUCCGGACCUUCAUCUCGAUCGCGCACGCCUCUUAGUGCCACUGGGAAUGCUGGGAUAACGAUAAAUCGAACAAGAGAGAAAUCUCCUCCGAAAGCGCCACCAAAAUCGAACGAUCCAUGGGAGAUGCUUGAUGCCCCUCCUCCUCCCGCAAAACCUCAAUCCUCCCAGUCUACAGGUUCUAUGCAACCACAAAGUCCCAUGUUGAGUGGCAACCCUUAUCAGCAGUUCAAUAAUACCUCUAAUCCCUUUGGCCUUAUGCCGUCCCAAUCGCAAGUCAAUCUCAAUCAAGCGUUUCAAAAUAUGGCAGUUUCGAACUCGCAACCUUUGUUCCCAAACCACACUGGUGGAUUCCCAGGUCCUCAGCCUACACCUCAGCAGCAAAUGUACCAGCAUUCAGUCACUCCUCCGAUGCCUUCUGUACCGCAACAAUUUCAUUCCCAGACCAUAUACGAGAAUCCUGCGCAACAGCCUCAGCAGAACACAGGUUACAACCCAUUUAUGCAACAACAGACCACACGCCAGCAACAGCAGCAAACUCAGCAAUAUGCAGCUCCUAUUAAUACGAGCUUCCAAAGCAAUCCGUUUCUACAGCAAUCUUUGGGUGGGAGCCAGAGUGUGUAUAAUAGCCCGGUAGAACAAUCACCUUCUCAAUACCAGCAGUCGCCAUCCCAGUAUCAGCAAGGCGCCUUUCAUAGUUUCCAGAAUCAGCAGCAGACGCAAUCAAACCCUUUUCUCCAGAACCAGCAACCGCAACCCCAGCAACAACAAUACCAGCAGCAAGUUCAGCCGCAGCAAAAUUACCAGUUCCAACAACAACAGCAUUAUCAACAGUACCCACAACAAACUCAUCCUAUACUGCCUCAGCAAACUGGUAGAGCUGAUAAGCGCACCAUUUUGGACUUAUACAAUUAUCCUCAAUUGGCACCUCAGAUAUCAUCUGCGCCUUUACUUCAAAGUCCUCAGCAACAAAUGCAAGAUCCGAUGCAGAAUCAGAAUAUGACUAUACAACAGCAAUCGAAUACUCAACAGUCGCAGAACCAGCCUCAGCAGCAGCAGCAGAUGAAUCCUAGGAGUCCUACAUCUCCUGUAGGGAGCAACAAUCCGUUCAUGACAGGGGGAGCGUUGCAGAGCCCUGGUGUUGAUGUUCCUGGAAAACUUGUCUCAUUUGCAAAUACUGCACCGAAUGGAUCGAGACAUGUAAGUCACGAGAGUGUGAGUAUUGAAGCAGGAGGAUGGCAGAAUGGACGGCAUAGCCCCGAUGCCUGGGGUAACAUAACUGGAAGAUCUAUGCGGUAG